CGGCGGUAACGUCCUGCCUCCCCGCGCCUAGCUGCCGCUGAGCAAGCUUUGCGCACACACGGGGCUUUGCGCAUCUGGUCGUCAUCAGCAGCAGCAGCAGCAGCUCUUCCUGCUCAUAUGUGACUCAACUAGAGUGGGAAGAGAGCUCCUUCUUCUUCUCAGAAGACUUCACUGAAAAACGUCUUUGGGACUUUUCGCUCUCAGGCAGCAGGACACGCUGAUGUUUUUCUUGUUUGUCGUUGACGCGCGCCGCUGGAUGGAUUGUCUGUAGGGGUUUGUUGGGGAAAAGCAGGCGAGGAGAAAACUUUGCUGAAGUUUGUUUGCUUCCUGUGCGGCUGAUCUGGAUGUGAACACAUCCGCACUCUGCUCGGAAGAACCGAGUCUCUCUCUCUCUGGCUGGUUUCUGGAGGCGCUGCUCGUGCGUCCUGCAUGCACGGAUCUUCUUGGCUCGCUCGUGAUUCUUCUCUUUCUUCUCAUUACCGCUCCGUUUUUUCCGCUGUUCCCCACUUGCGUCAUGACUUCUAGCUAUGCACAUGUAAUGGACAGGCAAGCCUCGAUAUCAAACCGCCUGGAGAGUCCAAUCACGUCUAACCUGGACAACCUGCAAGCCAAAAAGAACUUCUCGGUCAGCCACCUGUUGGAUCUGGAAGAGGCUGGGGAAAUGGUCGGCACCCAGGCGGACGAGAGCGUCGGGGAGGCGGGGAGGAGUAUGCUGGAGUCCCCGGGGCUGACCAGCGGGAGCGACACGACCCAACAGGAGAAUGAACAGAUGAACACAGAGGAGAAGAAGAAGAGGAAGCAGCGCAGGAACAGGACCACCUUCAACAGCAGCCAGCUCCAGGCUCUGGAGAGAGUGUUUGAGAGGACACACUACCCCGACGCCUUUGUCAGAGAGGACCUGGCCCGUCGGGUCAACCUCACCGAGGCCAGAGUCCAGGUUUGGUUUCAGAACAGGAGAGCUAAGUUCCGCAGGAACGAGCGCGCCAUGCUGGCCAGCAAAAACGCCUCGCUCCUCAAAUCUUACUCGGGAGAUGUGACGGCAGUAGAGCAGCCAAUCGUACCGCGUCCUGCACCACGCCCGAAUGACUACCUGUCCUGGGGCAGUGCUGCCCCCUACAGUCCCAUCGCUCCCCUCUGUCAGCAUGAGCAGGGCGGGACCAGAUCCUGUGACCCUCCUGACGAGCGCCAUGGCCACCUACCCGCCCACCUGCUCCAACACCAACACGUCCCAGGGAAUGAACAUGGCCAACAGCAUCGCCAACCUGCGGCUCAAAGCCAAGGAGUACAGCUUGAACCAGGUGCCCACGGUCAACUGAGAGGAGGAGAGGCUGGGGGCCAGUGCAGGAGGGGAGGGGAACCUUUCUACUGCUGGACCCCUGCGGACGGACACCGUCUCUGGGUUGAGCAUCAUCUUACACACCCUGGAUCAUGAAGCCUCCUCUUCUUUCUGGAGCAGCCUCGAUGGCGAUACUACAUAUAAUAUGCAAAUUGUUGGACACCGAGUGAUGGCAGGAUUUUCCCUAAGCCGCCUCUUUUUAUUCUCCUGAGCAUCACUGAACUCUUGUUUGUACAAAGACAGCUAGACUGGAUGCUGUAGCCGAAUAUCUGCGUAGUUUUACAUUUGUGAUUGUGACUGAAAUGGAGGGCGAGUUUUUCAAAGAGCAUUUUGUUUUCAUUCAGAGAACUUGUUCUCGACGGAGACUGGUGUACGGACUACGUGGAAUUGCCUUUGUCCCUUUGGCUGUGGUGUUGGAUAAAAUGACACACCAAAUUUGGGAUCAACAACACUUUUUUUCCUUUUAAAAUCAACAACAAACCUACAAGGACUUCCUCUGACAUUUAUGCAUUUUUUUAAAAGAUAAUUUUUCCACAUUUCUUUUCCAUGUUAUACCACUGAUGAGCAAACAUUUUCAACGCAUUUUGAUUUUCAUGUAAUAGUCCAGUAUAAAGGAGAGGCUAAUGUAUUUCUGAAUCCAAAACCAGUAGAUUCUCUUAAUUUCCUAUGAUAUCCUUUAUUUGUAACAGAAUAAAACUUGUAUAUUAAUAAAAAUGCAUUUCAAGCAAUGCAAUGGCACAGUGUCCAAUUCAACAGAUCUUAUAUAGGAUGGAAAAAACAAUUUUCCACCUUUUGGAGUAAAAGAAAAGGGUUUCUACAAUGCAGACAGACUUAAAUUAUGCUUCAGAAACUAUAAGAAAUAAGUAUAUUUAUAGCUGGAAAGCAAAAUGAUCUUGGACCUUGUGCAUGCCCCAUAAAAGAGAGAUUUACAACUCGAGAACAGAUUCUCCUUCACAGAAACCUCAAGCUGUUCCUGCUUUGUGUGUUUUCUUUUUUCCUGAUUACCGCAACCUGAAAUUUCCAUCUUAAAAACAGGAUAUUUAUGAGCAGGGAAAUCCUCUCCUUAAUAUGGAGGGCCCCUGGGCCUCGUUUAACUCUGCGGCUGUCAUACAAGGUGUUUCUUCUCCUUGGCCCCUCAUAACCUUCGCCGUCAACAAACACAUGUCGACACUCGUCCUCGUACGGCGCACACGGGCCAUAAAAGUGGGGUCGAAUGAAACUGCAGCUGAUGUGGUAGUGUUUCGAAUUUUGGGCGAGAGGUGCCCAUAGGUGCGGUCACAUAAGUAUGUCGUCUGUGGAAAUAUUUUUUUGGAGACGUUUAUUAUUUUCAACUCACAAAUACCCAAGAAAAGUACAACUUUUGUCACAAACUGAACUCCCUUCAAAAAGUUUUAAGUUUAAUUUUGCUUUGAGAAUGGCAGACAUACACGUUAUGAAACUUUGUCUACAACAUAUUUUAAACUCUUAUUGUUUCCUGCUCAAUAUGGCAUAAAAGUAAACAAGUUAAAUUUCAGCGAUUGCAGGAAACUUUUAUCUUAGGAAAUUUUCAGUUUGCUAUUGUUUCACCGCUGUUGCUUGCUUCCUAAUGUUAAAUGCUCUUCUUUGGUAUCUAUCAUCAGUUACUCAGUGUUUCAGCUUCCUGUCUUGUUUUAAUUUCGAAGGACUCUUACUUCAGUACAGCUUUGAGAUGGUGGUCCUAUAAUGGAAUAUUGCUAUUUUUUUAGUUUUUUUUUUUUUAUUGUCAGUUUUAUUUUACAGACUCAGAUUUUGCAUUCAACAUGACAAAAUUACCUAACCACCUUGCUGUCACUUGAUCAAAGUUCUUCUGACUUUUUGUAAAGAUUUUAAGAGGGAAUGAGGUCUGAGAAUUUUUUCCAACUUUGGCAUGUAAUCCUUCAUCUGAUCUGAAAGCAGGAAAAUCCCCAUGAAAGCAUGAACAUUUGGGGAGCUUUUCAUCAUUUCUUUAUCUCUGAUGUGGGAGGUUCUACUGCUAUGAUAUUUUUAUUUUUUUUCUUAUUUUGAAUGUAGGACUUUUACUUGUAAUGGAACACUUCCUCCAUUUUUAAUUAGAUGAAGGAUUUAAGGACUUCUUCCACUUGUUUAAGUUCAGUUUAACUGAGGGUUAGUCGUAAUAAAGAGGUGCUUUACUGA